AUGGCCAGAGAUUGUAGAACACGUGGGUACAGCCACAACUCGCUGAAUCAGCCCAACGCUAGGUCUUUCCAUCCAUGGGACAAUCGGACGGGAGGAAAGCUGUUUGUGAUGACGAUUGAAGAAGCUGAGGGGAAUCCCGAUGUAUUAACAGGUAUCGAACAAAAAGCUGCCAGCCCUACUGCAGUUUUGAAGGUGGAUCUUCACAAGGCCUACGACUCUCUAAGUCGGAAAUUUUUGUUUGAUGUGAUGGGAAGAAUGGGAUUCUCAGAUAAGUUCAUAGGGUGGGUGAAGGCCUGUGUAACCACUCCUAUGUUCUCUGUCCUUAUAAAUGGUAGCCCGGCUGGUUUCUUCAAUGGAGGGAGAGGGAUUCGACAAGGGGAUCCAUUGUCCCCCUAUCUGUUCACCCUUGCUAUGGAGGCCUUCACUGGAAUUAUGCGAAGGCUUGAGAUUGAUGGUCAGAUUAAGCUGCUGCCCCGCUGUAAAUCAUUUCACCUUUCACACCUCAUUUUUGCAGAUGAUCUUAUGAUUUUUGUGAAGGGGAACCGCGAUUCUAUUUUAGCUAGUUUGGGGGGUCUGGAUGAGUUUGCUGCCCUCUCCGGGUUUCAACUUAACAGAUCUAAGUCCUCUAUUAUUUUAGGGGGCCUUACCCAAACUAGUAGUCUGGAACUUUUGGAUUUAACGGGUUUUUCGGAAACCAAGCUGCCUAUUAGGUACCUUGGAGUUCCUCUUGUGUCCGGCAGGUUAUCCAUGAAAGAUUGCAGCCCCAUCUUGGACUUGGUUCGUCGAAAGUUGGAAGGGUGGAAGGCUAGAUUCCUCUCUUAUGCUGGUCGUCUUCAACUCUUAGCUUCAGUUCUUCAAGGAAGUUACAUUUACUGGGCAGGGAUUUUCGGCCUUCCUGGUAAUGUUAUCACCAAGCUGGAGUCUAUGUUCUCUAACUUCCUUUGGUCAGGUCCCUCUCUUCAACGGAAGACCCACUUUAUUUCUUGGGAUGCGGUCUGUAAACCAAAAUCAGAGGGAGGUUUGGGAAUCAAGCGGAUCAAAGAAAUGAAUAUUGCCGGAAUUAUGAAGCAAAUUUGGUGGAUUGCCUCCAAGCAGGAUCGGCUUUGGGUUAAGUGGGUUCAGCAAAGAUACCUAAAGCAAGAGUCUCUUUGGACAGUCAAGGGUCUCAACAACUGCUCCUGGGUCUGGCGUAAAGUUUUGAAGUAUAGGGACAAAGCCCUUCCCCUUAUCAAAACUAUCAUUGGGGAUGGGGCUGCUACAAAGCUUUGGCUUGAUAAUUGGCACCCGUUUGGAGUUCUCUUGAAUAGAUUUGGUAGCAGGAUAUGCUACGACGCAGGCUCCUACUCUCUUGCUGCCCGACAUGCGUGUGUCAAGGAGAUUGUGCGUGAUGGAGAUUGGUACCCUGGCCCCUCUACAUCUUUUGACCUCAUUGAUAUAUGGAGGGCCCUUCCAACCAUUGAAAAAUUUCACGAUGAGGUUCCGGAUUUGACAGUUUGGAUUGGCAACUCUUCGGGUAAUUUCACUUCCAAAUCAGCUUGGAAUGCUGUCCGCACAAGAACUGCCCAUACAGAUUGGAGUGAAGCUGUUUGGUUUGAAAGGGGGAUUAAUUCCCAUUGCUUUAUAGCUUGGAGAUGCCUUUCGGAUGCCCUCCCUACAAGGGACAACCUCAUUCAUAGACAUAUUCGGCUCCUCAUCAUUGUGAGUUUUUGCUGGAACGAAAGCGAAAUCAUCUUUUCUUUGGGUGCCCCUUCUCUACUGACAUUUGGAAAAUUAUUUAUGAGCUUUGCUUUCAUGAUGGAACCAUGCCAAGCAAUGUCAUUGAUGCAGCCAUCUCGAUUAUCUUCCAUUUCUUUGGUGGGUGACCCUACUACUGCCAACCUUCAUAUUGCUGCCAAAUGGGGUCUUCAAGUUCAUUGGACUGCUCGAAUUCCAAAGGCCUGCUCUUGGUUUGCCCCUAAUCCGAAUAUGGUUGCUCUCCAUUGUGAUGGGUCUCUUGCAGAUGACAAAGCAAGCUUUGGGGGCCUCAUUCGUGAUGGAUGUGGGGACCCCAUAGCUGCCUAUGCUGGUCAAGGGGAAGAUCUUUCGGUGCUGUCCAUGGAGUUUAAGGCUAUUUACAAAGGAAUUUCCCUUUGUAUCGAGAAGGGCUUGUAUGAUGUUUCUGUUAGGUCGGAUUCGAAGCUGGCCGUCGACAUUUUGAAUGGGCAGAUCACUGGGCCCUGGCAAAUCCUUAUUUUGAAAAGUAAGAUCCUCUCUAAAUUUAGGCUGCUGAGGUCUAAAGAAUUAGUUCAUGUUUGGAGAGAACAGAACCAGCCCGCAGAUUUCAUGGCUUCCCUCCCUACUGACCCCUCUGGAACCUAUUGGGAGCUUGAGUCUUUCCCUCUGGAGCUGACCAUUCUCAUAAAGAAAGAUAAGGAGCUAGUUAGGGUUUUGUCAACUUUCUUGUCCUAA